UUGAUUCUCCCAGUGAGGACUAGUUAGAAAAACCAGGCCCUUUCCUCCAAUACGGAGGUGGCCUUUCCUUCUCCCCAUGAGGCUCAUAAGUUAGGUUCUUAGCCCCUCUUUUGGGGGUGGGAGGUGCUGGCCAAUGAAUGGGAUUGGGAAUGGACAGUGGCUUCCCCUUUUGUGACAGGUGUUUAUUGUUUCCUUUUCCCGUAGAUCUGACAGAAACAUCUUUGGCUCUCGGUGUCUGGACAUAGGAGUUGUCUUCAGCUGUUCUGAAGUACAAGACCUUUUAAAUCACUGUAGAUAUGGACAAAGAAGAAAGGAAGACUAUCAAUCAGGGUCAAGAAGAUGAAAUGGAAAUUUAUGGCUAUAAUUUAUGUCGCUGGAAGCUUGCCAUAGUUUCUCUAGGAGUGGUUUGCACCGGUGGCUUUCUCCUGCUCCUCCUCUAUUGGAUGCCUGAGUGGCGGGUGAAGGCAACCUGUAUUAGAACUGCAAUUAAAGACUGUGAAGUGGUGCUGCUGAGGACUACUGAUGAAUUCAAAACGUGGUUUUGUGCAAAAAUUCGCUUGCUUUCUCUGAAAACUCAUCCAUUUUCGAGUCCAAAAUCUGUGGCUAAUAAGGUUUCAAAUGGCCAUGCUGUUCUUUUAACUGAAAAUUUGGCCGAAGAGAACAGGCAUGAGAUAAAUAAAUAUUCACAGACACAAUCAGAACAGAUUCGUUACUUUACCCACCAUAGUGUAAAAUAUUUCUGGAAUGAUACCCUUCACAAUUUUGAUUUCUUGAAGGGACUGGAUGAAGGUGUUUCUUGUACGUCAAUUUAUGAAAAGCAUAGUGCAGGACUGACAAAGGGGAUGCAUGCCUACAGAAAAUUGCUUUAUGGAAUAAAUGAAAUUUCUGUGAAAGUGCCUUCUGUUUUUAAGCUUCUAAUUAAGGAGGUUCUCAACCCAUUUUACAUUUUCCAGCUGUUCAGUGUUAUACUGUGGUGCACUGAUGAAUACUAUUACUAUGCUUUAGCUAUUGUGAUUAUGUCUGUAGUAUCAAUUCUAAGUUCUCUAUAUUCCAUUAAAAAGCAAUAUAUUAUGUUGCAUGACAUGGUGGCAGCUCACAGUACUGUGAGAGUUUCAGUUUGCAGAGUAAAUGAAGAAAAAGAAGAGAUCUUUUCUACAGAACUUGUGCCGGGAGAUGUUAUGGUCAUUCCAUUAAAUGGGACUAUCAUGCCUUGUGAUGCAGUACUUAUUAAUGGUACUUGCAUUGUAAAUGAAAGCAUGUUAACAGGAGAAAGUGUUCCAGUGACAAAGACGAAUUUGCCAAAUCCUUCAGUGGACAUAAAAGGAAUGGGAGAUGAAUUAUAUAGUCCAGAAAUACAUAAACGACACACUUUGUUUUGUGGGACUACUGUUAUUCAAACUCGUUUCUACACUGGAGAGCUUGUCAAGGCCAUCGUAGUUAGAACAGGAUUUAGUACUUCCAAAGGACAGCUUGUUCGUUCCAUAUUGUAUCCCAAACCAACAGAUUUUAAACUCUACAGAGAUGCCUACUUGUUUCUUCUGUGUCUUGUGGCGGUGGCUGCCAUUGGGUUUAUCUACACUAUUAUCAAUAGCAUUCUAAAUGAGGGGGGGAUUGGGGGAAUAAUUAUCGAGGCUCUUGAUAUCAUUACAAUCACUGUGCCACCUGCACUUCCUGCUGCAAUGACUGCUGGGAUUGGGUAUGCUCAAAGAAGACUGAAAAAAAUUGGGAUUUUCUGCAUCAGUCCCCAAAGGAUAAAUAUAUGUGGACAGCUGAAUCUUGUUUGCUUUGACAAGACUGGAACUCUUACUGAAGAUGGUUUAGAUCUUUGGGGGAUUCAACGAGUGGAAAAUACACGUUUUCUUUUGCCAGAAGAAAAUGUUUGCAAUGAGAUGUUGGUAAAGUCUCAGUUUGUUGCUUGUAUGGCUACUUGCCAUUCACUCACAAAAAUUGAAGGAGUUCUUUCUGGUGAUCCACUUGAUUUGAAAAUGUUUGAAGCCAUCGGAUGGAUUCUGGAGGAAGCAACUGAAGAGGAAACAGCACUUCAUAAUCGAAUUAUGCCAACUGUGGUUCGUCCUCCAAAACAACUGCUUCCUGAAUCUACACCUGCAGGAGACCAGGAAAUGGAGCUGUUUGAACUUCCAGCUAUUUAUGAGAUAGGAAUUGUUCGCCAGUUCCCAUUUUCUUCUGCUUUGCAACGUAUGAGUGUGGUUGCAAGGGUGCUAGGGGAUAAAAAAAUGGAUGCCUACAUGAAAGGAGCACCUGAGGUCAUUGCCAGUCUUUGUAAACCUGAAACAAUUCCUCUUGAUUUUGAAAAUGUUUUAGAGGAUUACACUAAACAGGGCUUCCGUGUAAUUGCUCUUGCACACAGGAAAUUGGAGUCAAAACUGACAUGGCAUAAAGUGCAGAAUAUUAGCAGAGAUGCCAUUGAAAACAACAUGGAUUUUAUGGGAUUAAUUAUAAUGCAGAACAAAUUAAAGCGAGAAACCCCUGCAGUACUUGAAGAUUUGCAUAAAGCCAACAUUCGCACUGUCAUGGUCACAGGUGACAACAUGUUGACUGCUGUCUCUGUGGCCAGAGACUGUGGAAUGAUACUACCUCAGGAUAAAGUUAUUAUUGCUGAAGCAUUACCUCCAAAGGAUGGAAAAGUUGCCAAAAUAAACUGGCAUUAUGCAGACACUCUAACACAGUGCAGUAAUUCAUCAGCAAUUGACUCGGAGGCAAUUCCAAUUAAAUCAGUCCACGAUAGCUUAGAGGAUCUUCAGGUGUCUCGUUAUCAUUUUGCAAUGAAUGGAAAAUCAUUUUCAGUGAUACUGGAGCAUUUUCAAGACCUUGUUCCAAAGUUGAUGUUGCAUGGCACUGUGUUUGCUCGUAUGGCACCUGAUCAGAAGACACAAUUAGUAGAAGCAUUGCAAAAUGUAGAUUACUUUGUUGGGAUGUGUGGUGAUGGUGCAAAUGAUUGUGGUGCUCUAAAGAGGGCACAUGGAGGCAUUUCUUUAUCAGAGCUCGAGGCUUCAGUGGCAUCUCCCUUUACCUCCAAAACUCCUAGUAUUUCCUGUGUGCCAAACCUCAUCAGGGAAGGCCGUGCUGCUUUAAUGACUUCCUUCUGUGUGUUUAAAUUUAUGGCUUUGUACAGCAUUAUACAAUACUUCAGUGUUACUCUACUGUAUUCCGUCUUAAGUAACCUAGGAGACUUCCAGUUUCUCUUCAUUGAUCUGGCAAUCAUUUUGGUAGUGGUAUUUACAAUGAGUUUAAAUCCUGCCUGGAAGGAACUUGUGGCACAAAGACCACCUUCAGGUCUCAUAUCGGGGGCCCUUCUCUUCUCCGUUUUGUCUCAGAUCAUCAUCAGCAUUGGAUUUCAGUCUUUGGGGUUUUUUUGGGUCAAGCAGCAACCUUGGUAUGAAAUAUGGCAUCCACAUUCAGAUGCUUGUAAUACAACAGGAAGCCUAUAUGGGAAUUUUUCACAUUUGUACAAUGAAACCGAAGAUGAUCCACAUAAUAUACAAAAUUAUGAAAAUACCACAGUGUUUUUUAUCUCCAGUUUUCAGUACCUCAUAGUGGCAAUUGCCUUUUCAAAAGGAAAACCUUUCAGGCAACCUUGCUACAAGAAUUAUCUUUUUGUUUUGUCUGUGAUUAUUUUGUAUGUUUUCAUAUUAUUCAUCAUGUUGCAUCCAGUUGCCUCUAUUGACCAGGCUCUUCAGAUUGUGUGUGUACCAUAUCAGUGGCGUAUAACUAUGCUCAUCAUUGUUCUUGUAAAUGCCCUUGUAUCUAUCAUGGUGGAGGAGUCAGUGGAUUAUUGGGGGAAAUGCUGCUUGUCCUGUGCCCUGGACUGUAGAAAGAAGAUACCAAAAGCAAAGUACAUGUAUCUGGCUCAGGAGCUCUUGGUUGACCCGGAAUGGCCACCAAAACCUCAGACGACAACAGAAGCUAAAGCUUUAGUUAAAGAAAAUGGAUCAUGUCAAAUCAUCACCAUAACAUAGCAGCGCAUCAGUCUCGGUGGGAUGCUAGUAGCAGUAUUGAACAGAAUGUAAUUUAGGACUUCCUGAUCCUGUGUGUCAGAUGGCAUCAUUUCAAUCUGUGUUCCUUCUGAUAUAGUAGCUGAUUUCAGAGCUUUUUUUUUUUUAAACAAAAGAAACAAAAAUAAAAGAUUGGCAUGCCAGCUAAAUUAAUAAUCAAUCUGUGAAGUCCUCUUUCUUUAUUCAGUAACUCUGAAUAUUAUAUUUCCACAAUGUUCUUGAUUAUUACCCUCCGUGAUACUCUUUAUAUAGGGUAUAGAAGAAAGUUGGUAUUUGGUAGGGUUUUAGACAUUAGCCCUUGAGACUUAGUUUACACCUUUAAAUUUAUUUUCACAACUCCUCUUAGAAAAGGUCCUUGUUUAUAUCAGGCCCUAAAUUUAUGAUUAGGUUCUAGUGAAAAUAGUUAAAAAGCCUGUUUCAUUUGAUUCUAACAUUUCUUCCAAAGAAUUCUAUAUAUACAUACACCAGAUUCCUUUGAUAAUCCAGAGUUAGGAGUGAGUUUUAUGGUGUUGCUUAUAGAACAACUCAGGUAAUUUCCACUAUGGUUUUAUAUUUUCUGUACAAACUGCCUGGGUUUUAUUUUUCUAAUCAGCAAGGUGCUUCACUGCCUUCUGGAGAUGUCCCUCAAAACUGUUAAUGUGUCUGUGCUGUCUGGGGUCAGUAGUGUAAUUUGCUUUAGUUAAAUGUUGUAAACCUUUUUCAUUAGGAAAAAAUAUUAUUUCUUUUGGUAAUAGAUGUGGAUCUAUCUUUCUGAUAUCUCUCCAUACCUGUUUUUUUCCUCCUCUCAGGUUUUAUAUUAUUUUAAAUGUCUUUUAUUUUCUGCUUUUUUAAUUUUCUAAAAACAUUGGAUAGUAGUGAGCUAGCUUUUUGUUUGUUUUUUGCUAUUUUUUAGUUUUUUGAGUUAGAUUUUUGCCUUCUAAAAUUUUAAAGAUUUGAUGUAUGUCUAUUCUAUCAAUAAUAAGGCUUAAAAAAGGAGUGGUUUUGAACAACUGCUGAAUUUGUUCAAAGCAAUAUGAACUUGCGAGAAUUUGUUUUAUGCCAUUAGGUGGCGCCAGAGGUCAGAGUUUACCUAUUUUUGGAUUGGAUGUUUACAAAUGAACAUACUUUGGUGGUGGCAUUUUCUGGGAGAAAAGAAAAAUGGAAAUAAAGUUAAAGAAUAGACAUUCUUUGAAUCAAAUGAAAUGUGAAUAAUAUUUUUCACCUUUCUGUUUUGCCUAGAUAAUGUUUAAAUUCUAAGCAAAAUAAAAGUAACUUUAAAAAUGCCUUUAUAGGUAAGAUCCUGUAGUUUGACAAAGUCCACAGUUAUGGAUAAACAAGGAAACUGAUACUGCUGUAAAAUGGACACUAAACUUCUAAAAGUAUGUGAUAUUAUCCUGUGUUCUUCCUUAACCAGUAGCAUGGGUGUACUGUUCACCUCUAGCUGGUCAUUAUUUUCCUGAUCUGUACUUACCAAUUUACCAAAUGUUACGCAGAACUGUAGAAUCAAAUGAUUCUCAUUUUUUGUGGUGCAGCGAUAUGAAUGAUGUUUGGUGACUAUAGAAAAAUGUAAGUUACACUCAGGAUCACUGUUAUUGCUAUUGCCACUGAUGAUUCUCACAAAAAAAAAGUUUCCAUAAAAAAAUAAUACGCUAUUAAUACACAUUAGAUAAGAACAAUUGUCCCAUGAAUGAUUCUAUGAAGCUAUGCAUCUUAGACCUCUUGAGCUGUGAAUUAGCACUGUUUUCUAUAGUUAUUCUCUUGAUUGUUUUAUAAUUUCCACGUUUAUUUUCAACAUGUAUAAGUGUUAUUCUUCAGUGAUUUCCCAGAAUUGUAAAUCUUAUUCUUUGAUUUAAAUACUGAAGCAUAUAAUUAAGGUAAUUGCUAGUAGCAGCUUAAAAACCCAAUUAUCAGAUUGUAUUUAACAUCUUUAAGAGCAUGAUCAUAAAGAGCUAUAUUUUUUACACCCUCCCUUUUUUUAACAUUUAAAUUUUAUAAGGGUUUUAUAUCUCAUCUGUCUAUAUUGCUUUCAAAGGAAUAAGGUUUUUAGGUAGGUGGAAAAGCAUUUGUAGGAAGUUAGAUUUGAACUAAGUGGGUUGUUCAAGUUGUAAUUGAUGGCUUCCAGAAUAUUAUUUGAGGAAUGUUUGUGAAUAUAGGUGUGGGUCCUACUCAGUGCCAUAGAUAGAGUUCUCUCUCUCUGUAGGUCACCAUUACAUAGCAAUUUUGAUUCUUAAUUUCACAUUAAAUUAUUUGAGUGUAUACAGACGUAAACUUUAAAAUCUGUACAUAUAUUAUUUUGGUUUAUUAAGAUUAAUAAAUAUUACCGCUUUAAAUUUUAUUUAUGCACAUACUUAAGGACAGAAAUGUCCGGGAAAAUAAUUGUUAAAUAAUGAUAUGUAACUUUUUAACUUUUUAAAUAAAUAACAAGAUUUUUAAUGUGUGUCUCCCUCAGGGUUGUUUAAGUUUUUUUUUCUCCCUCAAAUAUAAAUAGUGGUGACUAUGUUUGUAUCUUCUAGCACCAACUGCUGUAAGGCAUUGCUGCAAAUAAUGCUUGAAUAAAAGUGGCUAAGCCAACAACAAAAUGAAUACUUUUAUAUUAGUUUUAUAAUCCUUGCAUUUGAGAGCUUUCCAAAUUGCACUUGCAUUUAAACAAAACUGUUGCAGUUUUUACUGUAUUUAUUUUGUUAUCCCUGUUUAUGAAAAUACUGCACAGUUUCAAAGGCAUGGUAAAAAUAUCAGUGUUUAUAUAUUCUGUUUCCAAAACAGCUAUACAUACACUGUUCAGAGAAGAGCAAAAUUCAAGCUUUAGAAAACGUUCUAAGAUAUCUUGCAUGUAAUUUUGACAUAUCUGAAAUAGGUUUUUGUAUAUUUAUGGUGGGAGGUGGUUGGGAACUUUUAGCAAAAUAUGGGAUGUUAAUUUUUGUACAGUCUGUGGGUAUUUACACAUAUUUUUUAAUGUAUUAAAAUUUGGUAAUUAUGUGCACAUUAAAUUAAUAAAAUAGAUAACUUCCUGUUAUGAUUUGUUAAUUCCCUAAGACUUUGGAAUUUUUUUAAGAAACUUUAUAUCAGAAAUGAUAUUGCAUCUUUAUAUUUUUAAAAUUAUAUUGCUGCUCAAGAAUGGUACCCUGAUGUCAAAAAGGCAUACAUUCAUAAUUGUACAUUCAGCACUGUAAAUAACCGUAUGAAAUUUUUUUUGAUUGAAGCAUUCAAAAUAAAAAUCUAAAUGAAU